GUCCACUCUGGUCUUCAAAUCUUGAAAACAUGGGUCGAGGGAGAGUUGCUUCAACUCAUUCUCACAACAAAAAUUCCUCUCUUUUGACAGUUCAGAUUUUGAUUGUAGACGACGAUGCUCCCACUCUUGGUAUUGUCUCUUCUAUGCUUAAGACAUGCAGUCUCCAAGAUUGCCUAGUAGAUCUUUCAGUUGUUACCGUCAAGAAUCCAUUAGAUGCUUUAUCGAGUCUUCAAAGUAGUGAUGGCGCAUUCGACUUGGUCAUCACUGAUCUUCAUAUGCCGGGAAUGAAUGGGAUACAACUACAAAAACAAAUAGAUGAAGAAUUUAAGAUUCCUGUUGUUAUUAUGUCAUCUGAUGGCAAACGAAGUGCAAUCCUAGAAAGUUUAGAAAGUGGAGCCGUGUAUUAUAUGGUAAAACCAGUGAACCUAAGAGAUCUGAAAAACGUUUGGCAAUACGCAAUGGCGAGUAAGAAAGGGAAAGAAGUGGUGGUUGCUGAAGAACCGGAAAACAAUGACGGAGAAGCAUCAGCAUCGACUGAGAAAGAUUCUUGCGAGGACAAUAAUUCUGCAUCAGUAUCAGCUAAUGAAGAGAGCAAUAACAAAAAGAAGAAGGGGAAGAAAAGAGCAAGAGAUCACGAUCAAGGUGAAGAUGCUCCAUCCGCACCCAAAAAGGCUAAGGUCGUCUGGACAAAUUCACUUCAUAAUCGGUUCUUGCAGGCCAUUAACCAUAUAGGACUUGACAAGGCUGUCCCAAAGAGAAUUCUUGAAUUUAUGAAUGUGCCAGGGCUCACUAGAGAAAAUGUCGCUAGCCAUUUGCAGAAAUAUAGAUUAUUCCUGAAAAAAGUUGCGGAGAGAGGUCUUUGGUCAUCACAGGCUCUAUCAGAAAGGGCCAUGAGAUCAUCCUUUGCAUCUGGUUAUUCUUCCAUGUUCUUGAAAAAUGCCCAUCAAGAUUAUUCACAGUUACCUGGAUUACAGCAGCUCAGACCAACCUUCCAACCUGGGUAUGGAGGCAAUAUCAGUGGUCUUGGUACAUCUAAAUUUGGCUUCUCAGGCUGUCAUAGUCAAGAAGCUUCUAGCAGCAACUCUUUGCCUCAAAUCCGCUUUGGACAAUCCAGUUUAUUUGGCAGCAAUCUUUCUAGUUUUCAGCAGCGAUCAAUGUUUGGUAACACAAGUCCUCUUUAUUCGUCUAAUGACACAAGACCUGGGUUAUCGACGACAAACACUGCUGGGUUGAAUAUGUCACCGAAUGGAGCUACUACAUUUGGUCUUAUGAACGAUGCUGCAAAUGGCCUCAGUAACUGUACAAGUCCAAAGCAAAUGCACCAGCAACAAAACCAAUCCAGAUCAACCCCACUUCCAUUUUUCCAGUUUGGCUCUGGACUUAGCUCUUCCAAUUAUGCUUCAAGCAUUGGCGGCACGGGAACUUCCAGUAAUUCUUAUUUAUCAUCUUUGAAUCCCAAUGGUAACUAUGCUGGAAUUCGUUUGACUAACGAGGGAGAGCUGAUUGGAUCGGGACAAGUACGAUUCAAUGGAAAUGAGCUUACAUCAACCGGUUUUAAUGGCGGUUAUGAUUCUAGUUUGUUAAAUUGGAAUAUCUCCAACGACAAUCUCAACAGUAAUGCACAGACUGGUGGCGAUAUAUUUGGUUAUUUGCCUCCUCAAGGAGGAUCUUCUUCUGCUACUUUUGGUAACUAUUUGGCUCAAGGAGCGUCUUCUUCUACAGGGUUUGGGACAGCAAACCCGUUCUCAUCAAUUCUCGGUGCUUUUAAUCAAGAGAAUACUUCAGCGUUGUCACCACUAUCUCAACAACAUAUUAAUGCCAGUCUUGGGAAUGCUGAAGAAGACAAUGACUUCGCUUUCAACCUGCUGAAUGAUGCUUCUAUCUUUGAUAACAAUUUCAAUAAUCAACAAGAGCUUGGUGAAGGUGAUCUCAGUGAACUACUCUUUGGGUCGACCAACAAUAUAACUCCUUCUCAGCAACAAAGUGCGGAAGCGGUCUUCAACGCUAACUUCCCUAUCAGCCCAUAUCAUGCUGGACUCAACUCCGGUAUCAGUGAACUCCUGAAUGCUGAAUUUUCUAGCUCAUGCACUAUUUCUGACAAAACUCCUUGGAAUGAACAAUCCUCUGGGCAGGUUCAGGGAAGGGAAGAAACAAGGAACCCCCUUGGUGGCAACGCCAACUCAGUGGACGAAAACUAUUAUCCAAGCUUGGAGCAGCCGCAACACAAUAAUAAUGGGGAUCCUAUUAAUUCUGAUCAGCUUAACGUCAGUGCGGCGUCGGAAGAUCAGGCUUGGGGAGAGGAUUUCUUGGACUUCCUACUUGGAAAUGAGCCCUACUGAUGUGUGCAUGAUCCAUGGCCAACCUGAGAAGGAUAUAUAAAUAUCUAAAUCCAAUCAUGGAGAAACUUUUGCAGUUUAGUUGAUUGGAUUUAGAUUUUAUAUUUAAGAGUUAUACAAUAAUCUGAUGGAACUUUCAUUUGGUUUGUUUGUUGUUGUCUAAUUUGCUUUCUCAAAGACUUGGUUUGCUUAAUGCGUAUGCUCUGCGGUUUAAAAUCAAAAUGUAUUUGUCUGUAAUGGAUGUUUUAUCCAAUCAUAUUUAUAAUAAUGCUUGCAAUGCUA